AAUUUUAUUACUCUUUAAAGUCCUCAUUAAGGAACAAAUGAGAUUUAAUGAAGGAGUAAGAGACUGGUAGUAGUUUUCAUGUGGAGAAACAGAGUGAUAUUUUAAGUACUGACCUCUAAUCUUUAGCUAUCAAUUGUAAGUGAUCAUAUUCAUGCUAAUAAUGCUUGGUUGACAUUGUAUUUCAGGCAUUCCAUUUUGUUGUCAAGUUUAGAACUAAGCAAAAGCUUGUUUCCUUGUGUCUACCAAAUGAUGUCUUAGUUACUACUCUGGUUGUCAGUCUGAGGAUCAUAAAAAUUCAACUUACAAGAAAACAAGGUAGUUUUACAAGGUCCUGAAUAAUACACAUAGUUUCUGUAAAAAAACUCACAGAAGUAAUUGUUACAGAGAAGACCAAAGUAGUGAUCCAUAUUCCAUUACAGAAACAGAGCUGAUCAGGACACUAUUGAUCAGGAAUGGAUAAACAACCUUAAGUGUAGAGGAAAAGGUAAAGUUUAUUUUAAACAGUGUUAUAAUUCACACUGGCACGAAAAAAUGUGAAAAAAUAACAGGCUUCUUGGUGGGUAUGUUCUGAAGGGGAGAGCAACUUUGUGUAGCUUUAGAGUGGAGAAGAGGCAUAGUUAUUUUCACUUGAGACAAUACUAACUAAAUAAUAGCAACUUGAGGGCAUGCAGACUUUAGAAAGUGAUUACAGUUAAGACUGUAGGCUUCUGUAAUUUUUGGGCAAGGGAUUUUUUUUUUAUUACAGUCGUAUUCAAGGAAGACAUAGUUGCAUUUAUUUCCUUUGCAACCCUGUCAGCAAUAUUUCUUAGAACGCAAGAUUGGAAUACUGCUGUAUUGAAAGGUCUUGAGAUGUUUCAAUAUUGAAAAUUAGUCCUGUACAGGUGUGCCUGUGUGUGUUUUCAAGACAUUACAAUUUAAUAGUAAUUUCUCUAACUUAUGCUACUAAAGAAGUGGUUUUGAUUUUUCUUGUAUUAACGAAUGAUUUUAUAAAAGGACCUAACCCUGUGAAGAUGUUUUGGCUCAGUGACUAAAGCAGUGAAAUUCUAAGCCAUGGUAAGGACAAUUGUGUAUUCUCAAUAUGUCAUUCUGUGCUGGGCUGUAAGAGAUUUGCAUCACUGUUUUUUUAUUUGCAUCGUGUUUGGAACUGUGCAAUCAUUAAGAGGGAUGGGGAUUCUUCAUUGACUUUGCUUUUUAGCUGUUUCUAUAAGAACUUUGUGAUGUAGUUUCAUGGUUUUAAAAUUAUAUUUCUGUAUAAAGGAUACAUCUCUGAUAUUUACUCAGUCCGUCCUCUGUCACUGCAGCUACUGAACGUCAUGGGAAUUCUUGCUUGAAUAAAAUUUGAGGGUGGGUUUCUACACUUUUGCAUAAUGGUUGAUCUUGUAUUGACCAAGGAAGUGGGUCCAGCAGACAGUAGGGAUUCUAUUAUUACUCUAGCAAGUAAAUAACAAAAGAAAAUACAACUGUUGAAAUUUAUGAACCAGCAAUAUAAAUCUGCAAUGGUUGUAGUGUAGCAACAAUCUUUCGGGGCUAAUUCAAGCAAAACAGGUCUUACUCCCUCUAUCUACCUCUGAGUCUUCACAGCAUUGCUUCUUUUUCAUAGCUUUGACAAUGUAGUUUCCUAUUUCAAAGUCACAUAAUGAGAGUAAGGUUUGUGAUGAUAGCAGUCUGCUUCCAUGUAAAGAGCAUCUGCAAUCCUGACUGCAGCAGUGUGGUUGUGUGUGUUUCCAGUGGCAUCUGGUUGCAGCAGUAGGGCUCACGUGGUGACACCGAGCAAAGCAAACGUGCAUCCAGCAUUAGGUGUUGCUGUACCUUAGCUCAUCAUGGGAAAAGCUUUCUACAGCACUUGUAUGGAAGGGGAAGUGCACAUGUGUGUGUGUGCUGCUGCUGUCACAUGAGGGAAAACUACAUGAAGACUCUGCUGGGACUGAAUGGAGAUUACAUGUAUAAAGUUCAUGUGAUAUUUGUACAAUGGUGACGUUGCAGAGGAACAAAGUAUUUUGAUGUCCAGUAUUUUUUUAAAAAAUAAGAAUCAGAAUUUCAUACAGAAAAUCAGUAUGUUGUCAAAUAAUACACUGAGUUGCAAGUAUCUUUUUAUAUUUAACCCAUUUAAAAUAGAAAUAGAAAAAUAGAAAUGCUAGUGAAAACAGUUCUGUAUUUGUAUAGUUGAUCAUUGAAAUGUCAUUACAGUGAGAGUAUGGUUGUGGUAAUGGUAAAAGAUCAAGCCUUUUCAGUCAAAAUUUUUUUCAAAUCUAUCAGUAUAAAAAUUGAGUGCCAGAAGAAAAAGAAUAAGUCCUUUCAGUUUUAGAUUUCAACCUAUCAGUGUUGUUUUGUCUCCAUAUUUCUGGUUUUAUUUUUAAAUUAUUAGGUGUCACAGCAUAUUUUGAGGCAGCUUGUGGAAUCUUUACUCAUGCUGGAGACUAUUUUUCUUAACACUGCUAACUUUCACAAAUGAGUUCAAGCCUCAUAAGCUUUUAUGUUUUCCUUAAAAAUUGAUUUUUAAUAGUCCAAUGGUUAUUGACUAUUAUCGAUUUCAGUUAAUAGAAAAUAAAUUUGUAACACUCAUUAUUGCAGAAGAGGCUUCAAAUAGUGCUGUGUAGUUUAGAAGGAAGUAAGAGUGAUAUUUAAAACAAGAUUUUUAUGUAAUUCAUAAAUUUGGGUGUGAUGAUGUUUCUCUAGCAGAAUACUUAAAGACUCCACAAUCUGGUUCUCUGUAACAUCAUUGUUCCUGUUAAUUUUAAAGAAAAGGUCAUAGGCUUUAUUAUUUGUCAUUGUUUAUCAUUUUAAUUUUCUACAUUACUUUUACAUAUGCUGGAGUACUGCCUACUGUACCUGCCAUUGUCACAUGUAACACAUUUCUUUAUCUAACUUUAAAUUUGCUGAUUUCUUUUUCUGUUUCCAUCAUUCCACGCAUUUAAUUCAUUGAAGAGCAAGAGAAUUUUAACUCUCCCACAAAAGGUAAAUAUUUUUGUAAUUUUUUACAAAUGUUUGGCAACUGUUGAUACUGGGUUUUCCUUCAUUAUACUCCAUGUCAGUGUAUAGGUUUUAGUUAACAGUGUUAACAUAUAAAAAGGUUGUUUCUCAAAUAUCCCUAUGCUAUCUGAUGCCCCUCUUUAGAAUCGGACAAUGGUUUCUCUAAUGAUUUCUCAUGCUCAUAUUGAAAUGCAAUAUACUGGAUUUAACAGAGGUAAUAAUGAUAUUUUACUUGGGUCAGAAGGUGCUUGAUUGAGUUAAUGUUCACACAAAGACUUAAUAUUUUUCCUAAAGUGUUCUUGAAUUCUGCACAGCACAUGCUUUUGGUGAUGCAGCCAUGGUCCAUGGCAGCUGUGAAGGAUGUUCCUAGAUGUGGACUUAGGAAUAGUUUAAAGGUGAUGGUCAGAAACUAGUUUUUGUAUGCUGAGACAGUCUGAAGAAUAAGCUGUUUUCUAUUUGCAUGUCAGUCCCAUGUCAGAAAGUUACUCCUGUUGUAGGGGAGCUUUUAGGGGCAGAUAUACAGUGCUCACCUCCUAUGAAUUUGUGCCUGUGACACCAGAGAAUCAGUGAGUUUCAAACAACAGGUAUCUAAAGCUGUCCCACAAAAUGAAAACUGUAGUCUGUUAUGUUUCUAUCCAAGCCAUAUUGCAGAAAAGUCCUAUUUUUUUUAACCUUUUAUCUGAAAGUAGGAAUUACCUCAAAAUCCAAAUGAAGCUUGUAGAGCAAAAAAAUUUAACAACUCACUCCACCUUUUAUGUUGAAAUCAAGGUAUUAUCCUACAUAAAUAUUACUAGCACUGAUUAACCUUUUCUAACCUUUAUUCCUGAGUCCUGCUCAUCUUGGGAAAUUCUGGUCUGAAUACAGGCUUGGGUGGGUCACAGCCAACUGUGAGUUGAACUUGAAUCAAAGUAUUUCCUGCAACUACUUUACUUUUUGAAGGGAUGAAAGCUUAGGUAAAAAUAAAGCAACUUUUCCACUAGGUCUGAACUCCAACACCCAUGUCAAACAUGUUUCCAUGAUAAUGUUAAAAAGAGAUUAAAAAGAAAUAUGUAACUUAGGUGUUAGCAAUUAUAUGUUAUUUUUGCAGUGUUUAGAAUAUUCUAUGAAAUGUCUUAAGAAAGUGCUAAGAGUGGUUAACUUUACAAAUUAUUUCUGUCUCAGUAUUUAUAUUUCUCUCAAACAGGACAGUACAAAUCAAUCUUACCUGUUUGUUGAUUAUGCCUCUGUCAAGAUUUGGGCUGCAGUGGAUAUUUUUUUGUUUAAAACAAUGGACUUUAUGCAGACAAACUAGACUGUCUCUAACAGCAAGCUUAGUAGUGGAGGAGCGAACGAGACAGAUGAAAAUGAAAGUGCACCGUUAUAAUCAGACAUCAGGGUCUGGUUCUAGCCAAGAACAUGAGCGUGAGCAAUAUACCAAGUAUAAUAUACAAACAGAUCAGUACAGAAGUUGUGAUAACGUCUCUGCCAAAUCAUCAGAUAGUGAUGUCAGUGAUGUGUCAGCCAUUUCCCGAACCAGCAGUGCCUCUCGCCUCAGCAGCACAAGUUUUAUGUCAGAGCAAUCUGAGCGCCCUCGGGGCAGGAUCAGUACAUUUACUCCUAAAAUGCAAGGCAGACGGAUGGGGACUUCAGGGAGAAUCACUAAGAGCACAAGCGUGAGCGGAGAGAUGUAUAAGCUGGAGCACAUUGACGGGAGCCAGUCGGACACGGCUGUCGGCAUGGUUGGAACAGGUGGGAAGAAAAGGCGUUCCAGCUUUAGUGCCAAAGUGGUUGCCAUAGUGUCUCGAAGGAGCAGAAGCACAUCUCAACUUAGUCAAACAGAGGCUGGCAGCAAGAAGCUAAAGAGCACGAUACAGAGAAGCACAGAAACAGGAAUGGCAGCAGAGAUGAGAAGUCGUAUGGUUCGACAGCCAAGUCGAGAAUCCACUGAUGGCAGCAUAAAUAGUUAUAGCUCCGAGGGCAACUUAAUAUUUCCUGGAGUACGGCUGGGCGCUGACAGUCAGUUCAGUGAUUUCCUUGAUGGACUGGGACCUGCACAGUUAGUAGGACGACAAACACUAGCAACCCCUGCCAUGGGUGAUAUCCAGAUUGGAAUGGUGGAUAAAAAAGGCCAGUUAGAAGUAGAAGUCAUUAGAGCCCGUGGCCUCACACAAAAACCUGGCUCCAAAUCUACCCCAGCUCCGUAUGUUAAAGUGUAUUUACUGGAAAAUGGAGCAUGUAUAGCUAAGAAGAAGACAAGAAUUGCAAGGAAGACACUUGAUCCUCUGUACCAACAGACACUGGUUUUUGAGGAAAGUCCACAGGGUAAAGUCCUUCAGGUAAUAGUCUGGGGAGACUACGGCCGAAUGGACCACAAAUGCUUCAUGGGAGUUGCCCAGAUCCUUCUGGAGGAACUGGAUCUGUCCAGCGUGGUAAUAGGCUGGUAUAAAUUAUUUCCACCUUCAUCGCUAGUGGAUCCAACAUUGACUCCCCUGACACGUAGGGCUUCCCAGUCAUCUCUGGAAAGUUCAACUGGGCCUCCCUGCAUUAGAUCAUAGUAGCAGGUGCUGUCUAUUCAAAAACAUCACCCAGGAUAACAAUUGGAACCAGAUAUUCACACCGUCAGGAAACACUGUUGGAGAGAGACAAUCACUUCUGUUUUUGCUUGUAGUAGUUAUCUAAACAAAUGUCUGUCUGUUGAGAGAUGGCUUAAAUUGACAGAACAAAGGUAUAUCACAUACAGCUAAUCUAUUAGCAGCUAUCACUGAUGCUUAUAAUGAUAAAAAAAAAAAAAAAAAAAAGAGAAAAGAAAGGAAAAAGAAAAAAGAGAGAGACAUUUAAAUUCGACCUAAGUCAAAGAUGACCCAAACUGGAAGCUCUCACUCUGUUAACAAUGUUGUUUUUUCACAUUUUGAGAGAGCCCUCAAGCAAUGUUACCUUCCUGGUGUUUCAACAGUUUUUCUGUACUUGUCACUUCCACUAGUUUUUUUGCCACGUGAUUCUGAUAGUUUUGUAGAAGUCCUCACAAUGCUAACAGAGACCCUUCCUUUCUUCUUCUAAACCAAACAAAAAAGGGCUGAAGCAUAUCUCUGUAAGCAUCGUUAAAGUGUUCAGCAGCCACAAUUACAAUUCCAGUGAGUUCAAAUUGUUCCUCAGUUCUGCUACUUACAAGUCUUUCACGUGGGAACCCAGAAUAAAUGACCAAUCUAAGUUAUAUUCUUAAAAAUAAAAAUCAUCACAGUGCCACUUUUUAUUUGUAAAAAGCAGAUAUGUUUGCAUUAUAUAUAUAUAUAUAUAUAAAAUAAUUUUUCGGUUUAUGAUGUUUUGCAUGGAAGAAUUUUGAAGAAUUCUGCAACUACUGCUGGGGACUGGUAUAAAGCAGCUUUAGUCUUAAUUUUGACAUUGAAUAUGUUACUGGUAAUGCAAUUUUCCUCCUAGAAUUGGAGAGGAAAUACUUAUGUUUCUGUGUAUAAAUGUAUAUUUGACUUCCCAAAAUGUUGACCAGGAAUGAAUUGAGCAUAUGACACUUUCAGCUGUACCCAGGCUUCUCUGAUGUGUGUCACUUCAGACGCACCUGUCUGCCCUGGAUAGAGCAUGGUAUGAGUUCUUCAAUGUUUCACUGGAGAUUCCAGUUGAAAUAUUCUGCACUUACUAAUGUUUUUACCAAAUUUUAGUUUACAUUUCUUUGAGAUUGAUGCAAGCACAAGGCUUGAUUUUUUAACGCAAGAUAUCUUACUUUUUGAAGAAAAAAAAAAUCAAAUUUCAAUUUGCUUUUUAUUCAUUUGAGUUCUUCUUGGCCUUGAAUCCCUUGUGAUAUUCUGUAAAUGUGCGAAGAACUGCAGAUUCCUGCAGGUGCAUUGAUAUGUUUCCCCUCCUUUUACAGGCCAUUCAAUUUUGUGAUCACACAAAUAGAGCAGCAUGACUUGGAACUGUUCAAAGCUGCAUGCACGUUUUGUAAAAAGAGAUGAAAAAGGUUAUUUAAUAAUGUAUGUUAGUUCCACAUAGGCCAGCUUGUAUGUUGCAUGUACUUGUACAGUUUGCUCGUAAUUACUAUACUGAAGUAACCAAGAAAUCUAAGCCAUCCAUUUUUCUUAUAGACAUUUUGCAGGUUUUAGCCAGGCUAGGUCUGUGGGUCUGGUGCUAAAUGUCUAUAGAUGGACUUUAUUUUUUACCCUAUGGAAAACGUGAUGUAGUACGGACCAAAUUCCUUCUAAUAACUAUUUUGGUGUAGAUUCCUACUGUGGGGCUGUAACACAUGUAGAAACUGUGUACACACUAGGUUUUAAUUCAUAGACAUACUGCCUGCACCAAGUGAACUAUUUAUUAUUACUCAACACAUGGGAAUUAUUCUGCCCAUCUUUCCAUAGGGCACAGAUUGGUUACUGCUCGACCUGCUGAGCAGGAAGAACUCAAGCAUUGGUGCACUACUACUAGAUCCUGUUCUGUCUUAGUGGACAAAAACCAACUAGCUAUAAUUCAAUAGUAUCUUUCUAUUUUGACCACUUGUCUUAACACUCCCCUGUGCUUUUAAAUGAACUUCCAACUCAUGUUAUGUAAACAUGUUUAAUAAAAUUUCCUUUUCAUGUCCAGUA